GCUUCCAGCCUGUACAAGCUCUACACACAGCCUUCUGGAGAGCAGCAGAUUGAGCUGCUCUCGCAAUUUCUGGAUAGCGGCUUCUUGUGUUGGGUCCAGCCUAUCCUUCUCUGCUUGCAAACAAGGUGUAUUCAGUGCAGCCCCAGAGACUGACUCUCAACUGCCUCACGUCUGGAUUCAUUCUGGCUGAAUUGAGAAGAAUUGGAAAUAUCCCUUUCCUGCAGGCACAGAAGAAAUGGCAGCAUUUUUCCUGAUGGGCUUAUUAUGUCACGGGAUCUGUGUGUGGGCAUCAACCCACACCCCAGACAAUGCAAUGGAGCAGCGAUCAGCCUUUUCUGUGGCUCGGACCAGCAGCAUGGAGGGGGGCCCCAAGAUGGUGGUGACCUUUGACAAAGUUUACGUCAACAUAGGCCAUGACUUUGACCCCAAAACUGGCAUUUUUCGCUGCCGCAUUCCUGGUGCAUACUACUUCUCCUUCACGGUGGGCAAGUUCCCCCACAAAGACCUGUCGGUGAUGCUCAUGAAGAAUAAAAAUGAGGUGCAGGUGAUUAUUUAUGAUGAGAACUAUGGUGAGGAGCGGAAGGUGCAGAGCCAGAGUGCCAUGCUGCAGCUGGACUUUGGUGACACCGUCUGGCUCCGGUUGCAUGGGGACCCCAAGUACGCCAUCUACAGCAACACGGGUCACUACACCACCUUCAACGGCUACCUAAUCUACCCAGACACCUAUCCCUAUCAGAAGACCAGACAACAAGACACUAUCCACAGUUAUGGCAAAGAAGUGGACCACCAUCACGGAUUUUCCGAUGACAUGCUAUCGGAUCAGACCUUUCAGAAGAUUGAAGGAGAAGAAGGUGAAGAUGAGGAGCAUGAGGAAGAGGACCCUCGUUCAGCUUUUUCAGUAGCCCGCACUCAGAGCAUUGUAGGUCAGGAUACGGACAUCAUCAAGCACUUACCCAUCAUUUUUGACACGGACUUUGUCAACAUUGGUGAGGACUUCAACAUCUCCAGUGGCAUUUUCACCUGCCGCGUUCCGGGAACCUACUACUUUUCUUUCAACAUUGGAAAGUUACCCCACAAGAUCAUGUCUGUUAAACUGAUGAAGAACCAUUUGGAGGUGCAAGCGAUGAUUUACAAUGAUAGUGAUGGUAAGAAGGCCCUACAAAGUCAAAGCCUGAUGUUAACACUGCAGCGGGAAGACACCAUCUGGCUCUUCAGCCAUCAACAUGAUGGCUAUGGUGCCUAUAGCAACCAUGGGAAAUAUAUAACCUUUACAGGCUUCCUGGUCUAUCCUGAGCUUCCCAGGCACAGACCACAGCUGACCAGACAGCCUGAAAAGAAGAUAUAAACCUGCUUGAACUUCGUUUUUUCUUUUUUGGGCAUGAAUGCCUCUUUUCAAAGUUCUCCAUUGCUGUUUUUCUUACACUUACGAGGCCCUUAUCAUUUUUCAACACAGGUCAUAUUGCUUCCUUGGUCUGGAAUGAAUUUUCCCAUGAAUUAUUCUUAAGACUAACUGUGGGGUAAAAGGAAUAAUACAUCAACAAUCGCUAUUUUCAUUUUCUCCCAACAUUCCACAAAGAUUUCUGUGUACAUCAUAGAAUUUUGAUUUGAAUACACUGUAAGGUGUUUACUGUGUGGUGUGUGCUGAUUUUCCGAGAUUUUAAAGUCACUUUGUAAUUUGAUUUUUAUACAUUAAAAAGAUAUUGGCACUGAAGAACCCGAAUCACCUCUUUGUCAUCAAACCAACAUCAUAACUGUGUCAACAAAUGGUUUUAGAUGUGUUUCACCUCAUUCGAAACCCGAAUGUCUUCAUUUGAUGCUUGUGUACUAUUUUCCGUCAUUUGAAAUGUAUUGGAAGUUAAAAAAAAAAGGUUGUCACAGGUACCAUAUUAUUUUUCUGUACAUAGGUGUCAAUUGUCAAAAACUAUUAAAUGGUUAUCAUCAGUUUUACUGUCAAAUACAUUAGAUUUAAAUGGAAGUUCUGAAUCCUUAAGGACAAUAUUAAAUGCAUUUAUAUGGUCCUGUGGCAAUGAAUAUAAAUUGUCUAGAAUAAUGUGAACAAGGCCUACAAUUAGAAGACAAUACUUUGUUUAUCUGCGAACAACUUAGAUGUAUUGCAGGUGCAUUGCUCAUUAUCUGCAUGCUAACACAUUUGGGCUUGUAUAAUGCAAGAGAGUAUUUCAUUGUAAACACUGUAACAAGUGAAACACAUUUAAUUGCAGGCGUAAGGAUUUUGUUAUACGUUGGUGAUACCUGUGUCAUUGAUGCUGUUAUUCGUGGGUAUGUGCACAUGUGACAAAAGAAGAAAAUAAAAGAUUUUUAUUUAA